AUGGGGGUGUGGCGAGAGAGCGGUGGGGAGAGAGGUGGUUGGGGAGAGAGGGGGUUGGGGAGAGAAGGGGGUGAUGUGUCCGAGAAAGGAGGUUGCUGUGUUCUAACCCCCCUUUCCCCACUCCCCCUUUUCUCCGUCCCCCCUCAUCCACACCCCCCGUUCCCUGCUUCCAGCCCCCCAGGGUACUAUUUCCGGGCGGGCACGGGGGGCGGCAAGAACAUGUGGCACAUCUACCUGCCGGGCGGCGCGUGGUGUGGCUCUGCCGCCCAGUGCGUGGCGAGGAGCAAGACGCUUUAUGGGACCAGCACGCUGUAUCCUACCGACCCUGAACCCAACGCGGCCAUCCGCCCCCCUUUCUACGGCAUGCUCAGCAGCAACAGCACCAUCAACCCGCCCUUUUACAACUGGAACCUCGUUCGUCUCAUCUACUGCGAUGGUGCUGGCUACUCGGGAACAGCAGGGAGGCUGGAGGUUGGGAGCAAUGGCACGGUACUUUACCUGGAUGGAUGGAAUAUCAUUCAGGCGGUAAUAGAGGAUCUGCAAUCCAAGCGGGGAAUAAAAUCGGCAGCGCAGAUCCUCCUGUCGGGCAGCUCAGCGGGCGGCCAAGCAGUCGUGGCUCUCUGCGAUCGCAUCGCUGCCGCCUUCCCCUGGGCGCCAACCAAAUGCAUCGCCGACUCGGGCUUCUUCAUUGUGGGCGGGUACUCGUGGCGCAACGGAGUGAAUGAUUCUCUUCCUCCUUCCCUCCCCACCUGCUCCCCUCCCCCCCCGCUACCCUUUUCAUAUUCCAAGGACCGAAUGGGCGGGUACUCGUGGCGCAACGGAGUGAAGAAUAUUGUUGCUCUGCAUGAGCAAAGAAAGCCCUUGCUCUUUUCCCACUUCCCUUCUCUCCCCCUCCCCACCUGCUCCCCUCCCCCCCCGCUACCCUUUUCAUAUUCCAAGGACCGAAUGGGCGGGUACUCGUGGCGCAACGGAGUGAAGAAUAUUGUUGCUCUGCAUGAGCAAAGAAAGCCCUUGCUCUUUUCCCACUUCCCUUCUCUCCCCCUCCCCACCUGCUCCCCUCCCCCCCCGCUACCCUUUUCAUAUUCCAAGGACCGAAUGGGCGGGUACUCACUCGAAGGACCGAGUGGGCGGGUACUCGUGGCGCAACGGAGUGAAGAGCAUUGUUGCUCUGCACAAGCCGAGCUGGCCGAAGUGCCAAGAUGCUCUACCAGAGUCCGACCAAUGGAAGUUCGGCUGGAUCUCCCCAUAAAGACUGCACGCCAAGCCAAUGGGAUGUAG